CAGCAGUCGUUCUUGGCGGUGACCUGACCCGUGUCUGGUCCGGAGGGAAGCAGACGCUGGACAGGGGUGUGUGUCCAGCAGGGGACUGUCAGACUUGGGGACCUGGCUGCGUCCCACUGGCUUUCUCCCUGGGCCCGCUGAUCUGGCCGUAAUCCCUUCUGCUGGAGCUGGGGUGGUGCCUCACUCGGUUCGGCCACUUGACCGGCCCCUCUGCUCUGGGUUUUGUGUGUACCCGACAGUGGUGUGUGCGUGUGUUUAAUAUCCGAGACACCGAGUCCUUUGCUCGGAAACAGGCUGAGGGCCCGCGCAGCCUUGGCUGGAAGCUCAGAAGAUACUGCUUCAGACUCUCUGAUGACUGUUAGGAGUGGAGUCUCAGAGAAUGAGAAAAGAAAUACAGUGAAAAAGGAGAAAAAUUCAAUCCAGGAUCUCUUGCCAGAGUUUCUGGGAGAAUGCUGGCAAUUCCCAGGAAGAGACGUGGAGUACUUGGGUGAGGUUGCUACACCCAAAUUGUGGUGCAGAGGCUGUGGUUGUGGAGGAUUGGACCCACAAACUUCAGAACAGAGCAGCCUUGUAAAAUGUGUGCACAGCGUGAGACCUUGGGCAAGUCGUCAGUUUCUUCAUUUGUAAAAAGUGAUUUAUGGAAAGCACCUGGCACAUGCUCUGUCAUCCAGGGACUCUGCCCUUUCCCAAAAGGGAUAUCUUGAGGAGGAGAAUAUGGCUGCUCUUCAGCAGACAGCAAAGUCCCAGAGGCUGUUUCAGGGCUUUGUGUCGUUCAAGGAUGUGGCUGUGAACUUCACUGAGGAAGAAUGGAGAGAACUGGACCCUGCGCAGAGAGUCCUGCACAGGGAGGUGAUGCUAGAGAACUAUAGGAACCUGGUUUCCUUGGAAUUUCCAUUUUCUAAACCUGAUGUCACCUCCCAAUUGGAACAAGUGGUAAAUCCACGGAUGCAGGAGGGAGCAGUGCUAAGCAGCAGCUCUACACACUUGGAGACCAGAAAGUCAAAACCAAAGAAAGUAUUUUCUGAAAAAGAAUCAUACCAGGGGAUAAAUAUGGAGAGAAGCACAGAGGCUGAUGCAAGGACCGCCAGUCUGAAAGAGGCCUGGGGAUGUACAGAGAUCAGAGAGGGUGCUCAAGAUAGACUCUGGGAAGAAGCAACAGUUACCUGCAAGAAAAGAACUAUAGCAGAUGGGAGCCCCAAAUGUGUUGAAUUUGGCAGACAUGUUAGUCUGAAGUCAGACUUUGUUAUACAACGAAGACAUUCUAAAGAAGAGAGGCUUUAUACACAUGAUGCUCAGGGAAAGAGCUUCAAACAGAAUUCAAAAUUAGCCAGACAUGAGAAAGACAGCACAAAUGAAAAAGUUCUUUGGUGUAAUGAGUGUGGUAGAAUCUUCAGCGAUUACUCAGUUUAUAUUCAACAUUGUAUAGUUCAUACUGGAGAGACAGAUUUGGAAUGUAAUCAAUAUGAGAGUGCCUUUGGUCAUGAUGUACACCACACUGAACAUCAGAAAACUAAUAUUAGAGAGAAGACUUAUGAAGAUAGAAAAGCCUGUAACUGGAACGCAUACCUUACCAAACAUCAUCAGAAUGUUCCUAGUGGGAAGGAACAUAAUGUGUGUGAAAGAGCCUUAAUUCAGAACACACCAUUUAUUCAACAUCAGAGAAUCCAGAGUGCAGAGAAACUUUAUGAUUGUAGUCAAUGUAGAAAAACUUUCAGUAAUUAUUCAGCACUUACAAUACAUCAGAGAAUUCAUACUGGGGAGAAAUCAUAUGAAUGCAAUGAAUGUGGGAAAGCCUUUAAUCACAGCUCAUCUCUUAUUCAACACCAGAGAAUCCAUACUGGAGAGAAACCCCACGAAUGUAAUAAAUGUAGUAAAGUCUUCAGUCACAAUUCAUCCCAUUUUGAACAUCAGUUUAUUCAUACUGGAGAGAAGCCCUAUGAAUGCAAUGAAUGUGGGAAAUCCUUUAGUCACAACUCUUCCCUUAUUGUCCAUCACUUUAUUCACACUGGAGAGAAACCCUAUGAAUGUAGUGAAUGUGGCAAGGUCUUUACUCAGAGCUCACACCUCUAUCAACAUCAGAGAACUCACACUGGAGAGAAACCUUAUACCUGUAAUGACUGCUGGAAAGCCUUUAGUGAUCGAUCAGCCCUUAUUCGACAUCAGAGAACUCAUACUGGAGAAAAACCCUACAAGUGUGGAGAAUGUGGUAAAGCCUUCAGUCAGAGCUCAACUCUCACAAAACAGACAAAAAUCCACACUGGAGAGAAACCCUACACCUGUAAAGAUUGUGGGAAAGCCUUCAGUCAGAGUUCAUCCCUCAUUCAACAUCAGAGGGUUCAUACUGGAGAGAAACCAUUUGAAUGUCAUGAGUGUGGGAAAGCCUUCAGUAGAAGUGCCCAUCUUACUCAGCAUCAGAGUAUUCACACAGGAGAGAAACCUUGUGAGUGUAAUGAAUGUGGCAGAGCUUUCAGGUGUAGUUCAGCCCUCAUUAGGCAUCAGAGACUUCACAGUGGAGAAUCACUCUGAAUGUGUGGAUGUAUUCAUUCAGACUCUUCACUUUGUUAAAUACCAUACUUUCAUUGGUUGUUACAGUGGUCAUACUUUUUUAUUUUGAGGGUUGAAAAUGCCCUCCCCCCACUUUCUCCUGCAAAGUAUUAGCUGCCAGAAUACCACAAAUCCAAGUGAAGAAACGCUUGAGUCUGAAAUCUGGAAUAGCCCAAGAUACUCUAAACAUCAAUCUUUGUGUGUGUGUCUGUGUGUGUGUGUGUGUGUGUCUGUGUAUUUUUAUCCAUACCUGAAAAUGUCUAGCGUCACCAUGAAGUGAUUUCAUUUUUUCCUGGCCCCAGGAAUAGGCUGUUCCAACAUGCCAAGGAAUUCCAGUUGUUCAGAAUUGAGCUCUUUGCCCCUUCUUGUGCCGAUUGGAAUAGUGCCAUGUCCAAACUAAAUAGAGAAACUCAUGGUUGAUUGUAUAUCAUAAUACCACCUUCCUAUAAAUCUUUGUCAUAAUACACAGUCAUUCCUACCCCCAGCAUCUCCCCUCCUGUGGACAGCUAUUGUCUUCUUUACCUUGUCCCAGUUUUUUGUGAUCACCCUACAGAGGCGAGAUGGACUUCCUCUCAAUUAAUAGGCCAGUUGUUGAGACUGAUGACACUUCACACGCUGAGAGAAUUUGAAAGAAAGUAUUGCUCAUACAAGGGACUUCUGAGAGCAGGGGAGGCGCAAGCCAGUCUGGAAUCGCAGGAGCAAAGAGCAGGUUGGGCCUUUUCGGUGGCUAGGGGGUGGGGCUAGAGAAGUUCCCAUGCAUGGCAGUGGUAUUCAAGCUUGCAGGAUUCAAGCUCCAGUGCCAAGAGCUCAGGAGAUACACACAGGUUUCUUUAUCUAAAGUACCAGAUGUGUGGUGGUGGGGAGGAGGGGUGGAAGCUCAAACGCUGUCAAUGGCCAGACAUCAAAAAUGGAGUCACUCUUUAUUACAGCCACUUUCUCAGAAAAUCUUUGUUCACUUACCCCAAAAUAACUUUUUAAUGGUACUGUGUUUUCUCUUAAUGAAGAAUCUAUUUUGCUUCUUUCUUUACCCUUUCCCCAAGGCUGAAAUUGUAACUAUCACUUCUCAGAAAGUAAACAUUAUUUGUCCUGGAAACUGACAGCCUUCCAUGGUAACUGAUGUUUCAUACAAUCCCAACGGAAGAGUUGGGGGAGGAUUGAGCUCACACUUUUAGAAAAUAUUUCAGGAAAAAAAUAGCCUAUGAACUUGUACCAAACUAACACUGGAUUAAAUUACUUGAGAUUGUCUGAGGAAACUUCCUGUAUAUGGCCCUAAGAAGUUUUAUGUGUUACUUAAUGAAGCCAAGUAUUAUUUUUUGGUCACACUGUGACUUUAUACAUAUAUAUGCAGAGUUCCUUCUUUCAAGUCAUCCUAAGCUUAAAUUGAUCUUACGGUCCUUUUUUAGGUUUAUGUGAAUUAUUUCCUCUUCCUUUUUUUCUUUGUUCUAGGCAUUUUUCAGUUACCCAAGAGGAUUCUUGUCUAGGAUUCUUGUCUAGGAUUAGAGUCGCAACUUUCCCAUAUCCUUCCUGAUUUAUCAGUCAGAACCUGAGAUUUCCUGCUUUAUAUUUUUCUCCCUAAAAGGGCUACUCUGAACUUUCCCUUCUCACCAGAUUUCCUACUCUUCUCUUCUAUUUAAAGCACUUACACGGUGUUAGCUACAGCUUGAAGUUCAACAGGGCUUGAGUUCAGAGCUGAGAAGCACUACUGAAGGUAGAGAAGAAAGGAUUUUUGUUCUGAAAAUUAGCUGUAAGACAAAAUACUCUGAAGGAAUGGUGAGAUCUGGAAAUAAUUUUUGAAAUACCUGAAAUCCUUAGUAACUUUUAGAAAUUGAAAAGGGGGAAAAAAAGUCAUCUGUAAGUGUCCAGCAUUAGAAUCAGACCUCUUAAAAUAAUGUUUGUUAACAACUUAGGUAACAAAGCCCUAUCACAACCAAUUGUUCUCUGGAGCCAGUUAGCUUUGGUUGUGGGUAAACCUUUGCCAUUUCUUCAGAGGCCUCAUCUAUGAUAACCUGGUUUAGAACUAAAAACUCAGGAUGGGUGUCCUUGAACAAGAGGCCUGUCCUAGAAUGGCUGGGUUGCAUGAAUUCGUGGAUUGCACUGUAGUGAAUUAGUUUAGUUCUAUUGUAGUCUAAAUAUAUUUUGGAUAUUGAAAUAUUAAAAUUUCUAGGACAUGAUGGUGACAAGAUAUUUGAAAUCAGAACAUUUCGAGAAAUUUUAUGAGUCUUGGACUUACAGAGCCUAUUUUGUUUUGUUUUGUCUUAAUCUGUGCCUUUAGUAGUAGGACCUUUGCUUUUACUCUUUUCUUGGAUCUUUCUAAGAGGAUCCUCUUAAAUACUGUCCAUACCUCUUCUCUUGUUUGAGACUAUAAUCCCUCUUCUUUUAUUACUUAACCUAAAGCUCUGUGUGUCUGUUUGGUUAAGGCAAGAUCUUGAGGAGGUGGUGGUGAAUUUUGGAGUUUGAUUUAAGGGUUUAGAUAGUACUUUUUUUUGAUAUUUUCAUCUCUUUUUGGUAGGUAAUCUGGAUUCUUCAGUUUUUAAAUCAUGUAAGUCAAAAUUUCUAAUUUAUAUGGUUAAAACUGCUUGUGCUCGACUGACUCGAGUUCAGUGAAGGGAAAAUUAAUUUACGUGUUACGUCUGAAGUUCCUCCAGGAAGCUUGGGUAGUUUUCACUUGUGAUGAACUCAUUGUAUGGUGGCCCUGGCUUGAUAUGAGGAUGGCAGGAAGAGAUUUUUGUUGACUCAAGUGGGGCUUUCUGGCUUUUCUGAGGGGGCAUUAAUACCUUUAAGGUUUUUGUUUGUUUAAAUUGAGAGGCAGUUGUCACAUUACCAGUCUUUUCUAUUUGCAAGUUAGUCUCUUUAGGACCCAUCACGAAGCAUCACCUCCUCCCUGACAUUUUCAUUCACCACCAUAGUUGAAAAUAAUCUCCUUCUCUGAAAACCUGUGCCACUCAUUAUUUAUAUCCCUCAUCUAUGCUAAUAAAACAUAUUUUUAGUUUGAUCUUAAUAACUGGCUUUAUCCCCAACUUUAAUACAGUUCUCCCCAUGAAGAAAGUAUCUUGUUUAGGUCUUUUGUUGUUGAUUUUAAACAAAACAAUAUUUGCAU